AUGUCUACCACAACUUUUACCUCAACAGCCGCAACGAUUUCUUCAGUAACGGCGACUUGCACGACUGCUGUACCUGGGAAAUAUGGCCGUGUUCCUGUAGAUGCGUGCAACGCCAACUAUUUCUUCGAUCCCAGCUUUGCUGCCAAUCUUGCCUUUUGUGUGCUCUUUGGUAUGACGACCAUGGUCCAUCUCAUACAAGCAAUUCUCUUCAAGAAGUUAAAGAAAUUCUGCUGGGUAGCCAUCAUGGGUGCAGCUUGGGAAACCAUUGGAUUUGCUUUCAAGACUUUAGGAAGUAGGGAUCAGCAGAACACGACAUAUGUUAUCUUGGGUCAACUGUUCUUUCUUCUUGCUCCUCUCUGGGUCAAUGCUUUCGUCUACAUGGCCGUCGCACGCAUGGUGUAUUUUCGUAUGCCAGACCGAAAACUCCUGGGUAUCAAGGCCAUCCGCAUGACACUCCUCUUCGUCUGGCUCGAUAUCAUUCUGUUCCUGGUCCAGGGAGCCGGUGGAAGUAUGCUCUCUAAUAACGAGGAUAUGAAUGUCAUUCGCAUCGGACAGAAAGUUUACAUGGCUGGUGUUGGUCUGCAGCUUGCUGUCAUUCUGAUUUUCAUUGGUAUCACUGCUUUCUUCUACUUCAAGCUUCGACAACUCGAGGGCCGAAGUAUGGGACACAUGAAGUGGCUCAUCUUGACUAUGCUUACGGUUCUCAUUCUCAUUGUGAUCCGAAUUGUGUAUCGUCUGAUCGAAUUUGGUCCUGGUGUUAAUGAGCACAACCAACUUUUGAUUCAUGAAGAGUAUCCACUGGGUCUCGAUGCAACUCCGAUCUUGAUCGCCCUCGUAUUGCUCAACAUCAUGCAUCCUGGCUUCGUUCUUCGGGGACCCGAUAGUGAAUUUCCCAAGCUCUCUCGCAAGGAGAAGAAGGCGAUCAAGCAACAGAAGAAGAUGGAGAAGAAACAAGCUAAAGAGACCAAGAAAGCCCGCAAGACGGGUGCCCAGGAACUCAAGAAUUUGUCUUGUGAGGGACAGUCUAACAGUAGUCGUGAGCUCGUCUAG